CAGCCGAGCUGACAGAAUAACAGUCGUCCCCAUAGAGACAGGCUCCUACAACAGGGCUGCGGACACCGGACCCGCUGGUCCUCUCUCAUAGGCGAUGACAUCUUCAAUAUGAAACAGCCGGCUUUUAAACAUUAAUAAUUUCCUCGAAAACAGACUUCCGGAUGGUUGCCAAUCAGAUUUUUUAUUAUUGGAUUAACGACCAUCAGCCGCCAGCCACAGCUUUAUCCUGAGAGGCCGGAGAUUUGUGUCUCUGGGCGGGGAGGAGUCCUCCGUUAUUUCAGCGCUAGCUGAAACCAGGCCAGCAUGUCGGCGUUUUAACAACACAUCUCAAACACAGAGCUGUUAAAAGCACCUAAUGCACUCUUAGAGGAUGGAUGUGGAGGUGAGUGCUGGCAGGGACAGCACCUGGAGGAGAGCAGCAGCAGCUGAUGAUGUAGGUGGAGGAGGCAUGGAGGCUCAGGUCGUACCGCUGGAGCUCUACGACUCUGCAAGAGCUAAAAUAGACGCGAAUCUCCGCUGGUUGUUUGCCAAAGCUUAUGGUAUAGAUCACAUCCCUGCAGACCUGCGGGACCCCUUUUAUACCGACCAGUAUGACCAAGAACACAUCAAGCCCCUAGUCAUCCGCCUGCUGCUGUCUGGAGAGCUCUACUGUCGUGUGUGUAGGCUCAUCCUGCAAGCUGAGCAGGCCGCCUCACUCCAAAGCCACCAGUCUGUCAUCCAGGCCCUGUCCAGGAAAGGCACCUUUGUCCUGAAAACAGACAACACACCUGUCUCUGAUCUGGAUCUCAGCACCACUCCCAUCAAGAUGAGCUCCCACAUCCACCUUAUUGAUGCCCUGAUGAUGGCCUAUAUAGUGGAGAUGAUCAGCACAGAGAAGGUGCUGUCCAGUGUCAAGCGUUUCUCGAACUUCAGUGCCUCUAAGGAGCUGCCUUUUGACCUGGAAGACGCAAUGGUCUUCUGGAUCAACAAGGUGAACAUAAAAAUGAGGGAGAUCAUGGAGAAAGAGCUGAAAAUGAAGCAGCAUUUGAUGGAGUCACCCAGUCACCAGAAGCCUGAUAUAUUGCAUGCUCUGGCCAGCUGCUUAUUGUACCCUGUGGAGUUCUCCCACGUGGUGCGUUAUCGGAGAGAUCACCUGUCAGGUCGGACACUUCAGCACUUCCCUCUGUUGGACGACCUGUUGAAGGAUGUGUGUGACGGCAUGGCUCUGCUAGCUGUGGUCCACUUCUAUUGCCCAGAACUUAUUAGACUGGAAGAUAUCUGUCUGAAAGAGGUCCCCUCCAUAGCAGACUGUGUGUACAACAUCCAGCUACUACAGGAGUUUUGUAAUGAAUACCUGGACAAAUGCUUCUAUCUGAAGCCUGAGGACAUGUUGUAUUCUCCACCAGUAUUAAAGAAUAACGUGAUGGUCUUCAUUGCUGAGCUCUUCUGGUGGUUUGAGAAUGUGAAGCCAGACUUUGUACAGCCCAGGGACCUUCAUGAAAUCCGAGAUGUGAGAUUGCUUCUGCAGCCCAAGAGUUCACGAUCCCAUAUUCCCAUCUCCAACAUCACCAAACGUAGUUUCCUGACAUCAUCAAACUCUGCUGACAUCUUGACCAUGUCCCAGAGUCCUGACAUCAGCACUAAACCGAGCUCCAUAAGCCCAUCUCAGUCUUUACUGCCCCUGAGACAGAGACAACAAAAAGUGGCUGAGGAGAGCACUUCAGAGCUGGGAAAUAUGUCAAACUCUCUGACACGGGAUGGGCAGCAUCAGGGCUCAAUACUGGCCUGGCCAGAGAGGAGGCCGCGGCCUUUAUCCCAGCCAGUGCCCUACGCCCUGCAUUAUCUUCUGGAGGAAGAUGCAGACAGUGUCAGCCUUGCUCGCUCCAUCAGCAAAGACAGCCUGGCCUCCAAUAUAUUGAGCAUUACCCCAAAACACAUGCUGGGGUCAGGUCCUCAAUUGCCAACACACAGACUCAGUGGUCAAAGCCUGCUUAGUCACAUGCGCAUAGAGGAUGAGGAGGAGGAAAUAGAAGAGGAGGAACUGGUUGCUUUAAUUCACCCUUCUGCAUUUUCUCGACGUCGACUUGGGAGUGACAUGGAGCAGGAUGAGCUGGAAAUCCAGAGUGCAGCCUCCACCUCAAGGGUUCCUAAUACUCGUUGCUCUCCCCGCCUUGACACAGGUCCGUUUACUCCCGGCCACUCAGCAGACAGUUACUAUUUGGAGCCUUUGAUGCCUGCCAUCCUUAAGCCAGCCAAAGAGAAGAGCAUCAGCCUGAACAAGGAGGAGGAGAGCGGUGAGAGUCGCUGUAGAGCAGUAGGAGCUGCUAGGAAAGCAGCCACAAAUGUCCCAAGCACUUCACAGCGAAAAGCCCCUGCGGCUGAGUCAAACAGAAGUACCUUUACACCCAUACCUGUGGCAGAAUCAGUCCCUAGCUCUCUCAGGCCACCCACAGAGGGGUCGGCAGACAUCUCUCAGUCUGAGAAGAAACAGUCCCCAGGCUUUUUCCUUCAUUCGUCAGGAGAGCCAGACUACUAUAGUCCUAACUCCACUGCGCUGGAGGUAGGGUAUGACUCCGACUCUGACAUUGCAGACCUUGAGGAAGACGAUGAGGAUGAUCAGAUGGAGCUGACUAAAGAGGUGGUGAAGAGAGGAAAGGGAGAGGUGUGUGAAUUUGCAGAGGGUGAGUCAGCCAAACUUAGAGAAGACUCGAAGAUUAGUGAGCGGGAUGAUAAGGAAGGCGGCAGUGGACGCUCAAGCCCUUGCCUCAGCACCAUAUCGUGGGCGAGCAGCUGCAGCGCUUCAGGCAGCACCAGUGUCAAGAUGACCAGCUUUGCAGAGAGAAAGCUCCUUAAACUUGGCCUCCUUGAUGGAUUCUCAAGUACCAGCAGCUCUCAGAAGACCACACCAGAUGGUUCUGAGGUUGCCCCCUGUCCCCCUUGGCAACUGAGGAGUGACUGCACCUCCGGCUGGCUUGGGAAGGAGCCUAGUUCUGUGUUGGGGAAGAAUAUGGUGGUGAGUCCCCCAAUAGUGCCUUCAGAGCUGCUGCAACUUCACAUGCAGCUAGAAGAGCAAAGACGUGCUAUUGAGUAUCAGAAGAAGAAGAUGGAGACGCUAUCAGCACGACAGCGACUAAAGCUAGGGAAAGCUGCGUUUUUGAACAUCGUUAAGAAGGGAGGAGGGAAGAGUGACACACUUCCCCUGCCGAUAAAACACUACCAGGAAUCCUCAGAACUAGCUGACAGGAGUAAAGUGAAGACCCAGUCAUGCAAGGAUGACUCCUGUCUUGAUGCUCUGAAGGUGCAGGCAAAGACAGGUCAAACAGAAGGAGCACAGAUGAACAGAAACAACAGGUUGAACACCCUGUCCCAGGAUAAUGUGGCGGAACCUGACUUAAAUGAGUGUUCCCACUCCAUAGAUCUUCUCAAUGACGCUAUUAGCUCCAUUCAGCAGCAGAUGAUGCAGCUGUCUUUACAACAAGACCUUCUGAUGAAGCGUGUUGUGUCACCUCCAGAGCCGCUAAUGGAACGUGUGGUGUCACCUCCAGAACUACCGAUGAAUCGCGUGACAUCACCUCCAGAACGUGUAGAAUCAAACCCUGGCACAACCCCUGACACAACAACACAAUCAACAUCCUCUACCUCAGACUCCAGAUCUUUCGCAGUUCACUUUGUAGACAUCAGUGGCAGCAACACUGCCCCUGCUCGCCGUCCUCCCAAGCUUAGCUCCAGCCAACGCAGCAAAGCCUCGGAGCAAAAACUAAGUAAAGAGAACAGCAAGAUGGCUUCUGUCAAGUCUAAUACUCAGUCCCUGGAGUGCAGAGACAAUUCUGGUAGAUUCCAGGACAGGGGUAUUGCUGAGAGUUCUAGGCUAGAGAGAAGCAUUCAGAGAAACACCACCUUCAGAGUCCCCAAUGACCUCGACCAACAGAGCAGUGGAGAGGGAACUGGGUGCUUCCUGGACAAUACAUUGAUGUCUCCCUCACAGGCUGCCGAUCAAGAAGAGAACAACGUUGCCAACUUAGGGUUAGAGGCUGUGGGUGGAGAUGAGAAUGCCAGAGUCAAGGGUCAACUGAUCAAGGUGGACCUAUCAGAGCUUAAGGAUCCACUGGAGAAUGGCAGUGCAGACGUUAUAGACUGCACGGCAGAAGGCGAGCCGAAGAAUGCGCUAGGUUUCUUCUUUAAGGAUGAGGAGAAAGCAGAGGAUGAAAUGGCGAAACGUCGUGCUGCCUUCCUCCUCAAACAGCAACGCAAAGCUGAAGAGGCGAGACUGCGCAAACAGCAGCAAGAAGUCGAGAUUGAGGUCAAACGUGAUGAGGCCAGGCGCAAGGCAGAAGAGGACCGUGUUCGUAAGGAGGAGGAGAAGGCGCGACGAGAGAUAAUUAAGCAGGAAUACCUGCAGAGGAAGCAGGAAGCGUUGAUGGAAGAGCAAGGUCUGGUCAAGCCUCGCCCACGAACUAAAUCCCGCAGGAGCAGGCCUAAAUCACUGCACCGUGAAGAGUCCAACAGCCUCUCCAAAGCAUCCACCACGCGUAAUUCUCUAAAGCCGUCCAUGUUGAUCAAAGCCCAGGGCUCAGCAGCAGGCUGCGGGGGAGCUGAUCUGAGCUGCAGUCAUCGAGGAUCGACGCUCUCUUUGGCGACUGAGGCAGAUAGCGUUAUGUCUGGAGGGGCAGAGUCACACAGGGCUGGAUCUGCGUGCUCUAUGGAGACGUUCCCUAUGCUGAGCAGGGCGUCUAGCAGGAACAUGGAGAGGGACUGGGAGAACGGCUCUAUAGCCUCUUCCAUCACUUCAACUGAGUACAAUGGUCCUAAACUCUUCAAGGAGCCGAGCUCCAAGUCCAACAAGCCAAUCAUCAUCAAUGCCAUCGCUCACUGCUGUCUGGCUGGAAAGGUUAAUGAGACCCAGAAGAAUGUUAUUCUGGAGGAGCUGGAAAAGUGCGAGUCCAAUCACCUGAUCAUCCUCUUCCGCGACAGCGGGUGCCAGUUCCGCGCCAUUUACUCGUACUCACCGGACACAGAGGAGAUCAUCAAGUUCACAGGCACAGGGCCGCGCUCUAUCAGCCGGAAGAUGAUCGACAAGCUCUACAAAUACAGCUCGGACCGCAAGCAGUUCAACGUCAUCCCUGCCAAGUCGGUGUCGGUCAGCGUGGACGCCCUGACCAUCCACAAUCAACUCUGGCAGGUCAAGAGACCAGGGAGUGCACGGAGGAAGUGAGAAAGAUGACACUUGGUAUAGUUUCUGUUCUAUCUACGACUGUUGGGCAGGACCCAAUAAUCUCUGAGAUGACUGACAUGUCUUUAGACAGAGGGGGUUAGAUGUUCUCACAAAUGGAGAUGUCAGUCUGUGGCAGUGCGAGAAUAUGAAACACCUGCCAACUGAAUGUUUUUUCUUUUUGUCUCUCGUUAGCUUUUAAUUCUGCAUGUCACACUUCUAAUUUGUGUGUACGUCUGACACUAAUUAGGCACUAUUGAUGACAAACUGAUUCUUAUGUAGCAGUGAAGGAUGGAGCCUCAAGUCGAAUAGCACUGGAUCUACUUACGGUAGCAAGCACACUACUGAUACCAAGUGCAACUACAGACAUGCAGUGGUGGACAUUCACUUGAUAAUGCUAUUUCAGCUUGGCAAAAAAAUACCCAACUGCUGUGAUUAAUCCAGGCUCCACAGAGCCCCUAUUAUUCACCAGUAACUCCUACUGGUCAGUGCUUUUAUGAAGAAGGAACUAACAUUUGUAUUGUAAGUAUGGAAUGGAUGUUAGUGAGGGGUAAUGUCCAGUCUUGUUUUCUAUUUAGUGUGUUUGGGAAAGUGUGUGAGUCUUUGUGUUAGGGGAGGGGAGAGCUGAAUGCACCGCUUGUGCAUCCUGCUCUGAAUGUGUUUUCUCACUCUCAAUUAUGCUUUAAAACUGCAACAGAACUAUGGAGCAAAGCAACAAAACAUUUUUUUUUUUUUUAAGUUUAGGAGCUGUGUGCUGCUGUUGCAGAAACAGUGAAAUCAUUUUUACAGAAGGGAAAAUUGUACUAGUAUUCCAAACAGGAAGCGCUUUACAGACUCAGUGCAUUAUACCUUUUCAGUAGUGCAUUAUAUGGUAUUAACUUCAUAUGCCACCACCCAUACGAGCCAACCUGAGAUCUCUGACUGGCUCAUAUUGCUGAACCAAAAUGAACUAAGCUAUGCCACAGAGCUGUUUGCUGCUCACUAAUUGCUCACUGGAUUCUGGUGAGACGUACGAUUUCGAUGUAGCUUCUGGCACUCAACACUAGUAAUUUCCCUGUAUUGACUGACUGUCAGCAGCUGGUGUAAUGUGGGGGUGUGUGUGUGUGUGUGUGUGUGUGUGUGUGUGUGUGUGUGUGUGUGGGGUGGUAACUGCACAAUACUUGAUAUUUGUUUGCUACAUUUUGUACAUUUUUGAGUGGUAUUUUUUGUACAUUACGUACAAGUUAUGUUUACUAAAAAGCAGGCACUAUUUUAAGGUUUAUUCUGUUACAGGCUUUCAGAGAUGUUAUCAGUCUUAUUUCAUUGUGUGAUAUUUUAUGUUUAUUUAUUUUAAAGAGAUAAUAAAAUGCAACUAGGUAUGUUUUCUGA